AUGAACUCAAUAAUUCUUUCAAAAUGCGAUGACAUGUGUCCAAGCGAAGAAGUGAAGUUCCGAAUUGAGAAAAGAUUAGUUAAUCGAUUCGAAAUGGACAAGAACACCAAGACGCCGAAUCCGAAGUUCAUGGUCAAAGAAUACAGAAGAUCAGCUGCCGCUACCGAUCAUCUGAAUCCGAUCCUUUUAAGAACUACUAAAACUCUUUUACGAACAAUCGAUUAUCUCUUGGAACUGUAUAAAAACACGACGUUACUAGAGAAGGAAUCAUUUUCUGCCGUCUAUUCGUUUGUCACCGAUAGAUUGAGAGCCGUACGACAGGAUAUGAUCUUACAGCAAUGUUCACCUAAAGAUACACAAAACAUUCUGGAGCGAAUGCUACCGUUCUACAUUGUCACCGAGUAUAUUUGCAUCGUUGAGAAUUGCAAAGAAUACAAUUGGAAGCUGCAUUCAACGCAACUCGAGGAAUGCUUUUCAAGAUGGGCAGAGACUCUACUUUACAUAUUGUUUCAU